CACGGGAGCCGGAGCGGAGCUACAGAGGCUAAGGCCUCAGAGCCUCGCUCGAGGCCGCUCCCACCGUCGGGCCUCGGCUUGUGGCCGCGCCGGCCCGACCUCGGAGGAAGCCUGGGCCGGCCGGACAUGGUGAGAAGCGCGCUGCACUGCUGCUGCUGCUCCUGCUGCUGCUGCUGCUCCUGCUCCUGAGCUCGCGGGCCGCACCCGGCUCGCACGUCCAGCAGGAAGAUGUUCUCGGCGUUGAAGAAGCUGGUGGGGUCGGAGCAGGCCCCGGGUCGGGACAAGAACAUCCCCGCCGGGCUGCGGUCCAUGAACCAGGCGCUGCAGAGGCGCUUCGCUAAGGGGGUUCAAUACAACAUGAAGAUUGUGAUCCGGGGUGACAGGAACACUGGCAAGACGGCUCUGUGGCAUCGACUGCAGGGCAAGAAAUUUGUGGAAGAAUACAUCCCCACCCAGGAAAUCCAAGUCACCAGCAUCCACUGGAACUACAAAACCACUGAUGAUGUAGUGAAAGUUGAAGUCUGGGAUGUAGUUGACAAAGGGAAAUGUAAAAAACGAGGUGAUGGCUUGAAGACGGAGAAUGACCCGCAGGAGGCAGAGUCUGAAAUGGCUCUGGAUGCUGAGUUCCUGGACGUGUACAAGAACUGUAAUGGGGUGGUCAUGAUGUUUGACAUCACUAAGCAGUGGACCUUCAACUAUGUUCUCCGGGAGCUUCCCAAAGUGCCAACCCAUGUGCCGGUGUGCGUGUUGGGCAACUACCGUGACAUGUUACAGAGGGAGACACUGCUGAGGCAGCUGGAGACAAACCAACUAGACAUUGAUGCCACACUGGAGGAGCUAUCAGUGCAGCAGGAAACUGAGGACCAGAACUACAGCAUCUUCCUUGAAAUGAUGGAGGCUCGAAGUCGAGGCCAUGCAUCCCCUCUGGCAGCCAAUGGGCAGAGCCCAUCCUCAGGCUCCCAGUCGCCAGUUGUGCCUCCAAGUGCUGUAUCCACAGGGAGCUCCAGCCCCAGCACUCCCCAGCCUGCCCCCCAGCUGUCCCUCAGUGUCUCUUCCACCUGUCCCAAAGCACCAUCUCCUGUACCCCCUUUGGAGGCCACGCCCUCCUCUGUACAACCUUCCGUCCCAGCUCCAGCCCAGCGUCGCAGUAUCAUCUCUCGGCUGUUUGGGACCUCACCAGCUGCAGAAGUGACCCCUUCACCUCCAGAGCCAGCUCCAGCUCUAGAGGCCCCAGCAAGAGUCCAGAAUGUUGAGGAUUUUGUCCCUGAAGAUGGCCUUGACCGAAGCUUCCUGGAAGACACAACCCUGCCUAAAGACAAGAAGAAAAUUGGAGCCAAAGGCCCACAGCAGGAUAGUGACAGUGAUGAUGGGGAGGCCAUAGAAGGGAACCCGAUGGUGGCAGGUUUCCAGGACGACGUGGACAUAGAAGACCAGCCACAUGGCAAUUCCCUGCUGUCCUCAGAGCCCAUCCCCAGUAAGAACAUCAGCCUUUCCAGUGAGGAGGAAGCUGAAGGACCGGCAGGCCACCCCAGAGAGGCUCCUCAGCAGUGCUCAGAGCCUGAGACAAAAUGGUCCUCCACCAAGGCCUCACAUCCACAAAAGAAGGGAGCUCCCACACGAGCCAUACUCCCAUGGUCAGAUGGUCUCACCGCUGGCUCAGGGCCUGACCUCGGCAGUACCAAGCCCCCCACUGAUGGCUCUCAUAGACCCCAGGAAGGGAAGGACAAGCAAGUGUCAUCAGAAAGUGAUCCCGAGGGGCCCAUUGCUGCUCAGAUGCUGUCCUUCGUCAUGGAUGACCCUGACUUUGAAAGUGAUGAAUCGGACACACAGAGGAGAGCGGAGGCGUUCCCAGUAAGAGAAGACAUCUCUGAUGUGACUGAUGAGGACACUGGCUCUGCCCAGCCACCCCUCCCCUCCAAGCCCCCAGUCCCUGCUUUCAGACUGAAGAAUGACUCAGAUCUCUUCGGGCUGGGCCUGGAAGAGACAGGACCUAAGGAAAGCAGUGAUGAAGAUAAAGACAGCAAACUUCCCUCUAAAGAGAAGAAGAAAAAGAAGAAGAAAGGCAAAGAGGAGGAAGAAAAGGCUACAAAAAAGAAAAGCAAACACAAGAAGAGCAAGGACAAGGAGGAAGGCAAGGAGGAUCGGAGGAAGAAGAGGAAGCCCCCUCGGAGCAAAUAGCAGAAGGCUGCAGAUGAGCUGGAAGCCUUCCUGGGGGGUGGGGCCCCUAGCAGCCGCCACCCUGGUGGUGGGGACUAAGAGGAACUCUAG